UUCAUCACCUUCGAGUCGGGUUCGUGCGUUUUCUAACAGCGGAUUGCCAGACGGGUGCUGCAAACUGCCUGUGUGAAUUCCCACAGAACAUGUCGUUGACUAACACGAAGACGGGAUUUUCUGUGAAGGACAUUCUGGACCUUCCUGACACGAACGAUGAGGAGGGAUCUAUAACGGAAGACGCUGAGGAUGAUACAGAGGAAUCGGAGACAACCAAAACGGCUGGAGUGUUGGGACAAAGUCCCAUAGAAAACGUUAAAAAUCUGUCUCUAAAAAGCUCAUUUUAUGACGUGCGCGAUAAUCCUUACACACGAUGGCUUGCCACAGCGGACAGCAUUCAGUAUUCACUGCAUGGUAUGUCAGCUAAUUCUCACCAGGACUUGUCUGCCAAAUCACCUGAACCGUCUGCCGACGAAUCGCAAGACAAUGACAAGGAAAUGGCGAGCAACGGCGGCGACUGCAAGAAGAGAAAGCGGAGAGUUUUGUUUUCCAAGGCGCAGACAUACGAACUGGAGCGUCGAUUCAGGCAACAGCGGUACCUCUCGGCUCCCGAGAGAGAACAUCUUGCCAGCCUGAUCCGCCUGACGCCGACUCAGGUGAAAAUCUGGUUUCAGAACCACCGGUACAAAAUGAAGAGGGCACGGGUGGAGAAAGGGAUGGAGAUAGUUCAUAUCCCCUCUCCGCGGCGGGUGGCCGUACCUGUCUUGGUCAGGGACGGCAAGCCUUGCCACAGUCACAAAGCUCAGGACCUGGCGGCCACACUCCAAGCCGGGAUGCCCCUGUCAGCCUACAGCACCCACUCCCUCCAUCAUAUGCAAUACAAUGCGCACUACACCUCCGCGGCCGUGACACAGUUCCCCACAGCGCAUCACCUGGUGCAACAGUGGACUUGGUGAAGUACCGAGACCGACGGAAGACUGGCGGAACAGGCGUCUGGAGAAAGUUUUAGGGAGGGGAAAAGCAGAAGUCUUUGCAUUUUCGAGCUUGACCAAUAUCUGCCAUUUUAUUUCGGAGCUGAUAUUUGCGCAAAGUUUACGGAAUCGUCGUCGUGAAAACCGGGUCCAGCCUAUCACUAAGAAUGUCA